CGUGCGAGCUUCCACUCCGUGAUGUGGCUGGGAGCAGACAUGGCAGCAGUGGGAGAGCUGGUGCUGGUACUGGGCUUACUGGUCAGUGCUCACUGUGAGGUGAGAGGACGAGACCCCGAAGUGGAGGAGGAGGAGGAGGAGCUGGGAGGAAGAGUAGCAGCGAGAGGAGGAGGAGCAGAGUUCUUCCCUCAACUUGAGGGGUUACCCCCCAGGGCAACAGGGACACCCCCACAAGGAGAGAGAGGGAACUAUCCAGCCAGAAUGGGUAAUUGGUGUGCAUUCGUGCAUCAGCGUAUGGUUACCACGGCAGUUAAGUGUGGAACUACAGAGCAGUACACCAUCAAGGCUCAGAGUCCGUGUCCAAGCGGGACGCCCGACUGUCAGCUGGUCAUGUAUAAACUGGCCACCCGGCCUGUUUACAGGCAGAAGAAGCAGUUCUUCACCGCUCUGCUGUGGCGCUGCUGUCCAGGACACGGAGGACCCAAAUGUGAGGACACAGAAUAUGAUGCACAGCUGGAUUCUGGAGACUUGGAUCCAACUGAAGGAUAUGAAAGAGCAGAGGACCGCACUCUAGAAGUUAGGGCGAUGACCCAGCAGCAGCACGUCGACCCAGAUCGCGAACAGAACGACCACCAAGCACCUGGCGGCUCGCCGUAUGGUACUGGCUACGCAGACGACAACCAGCACAACAUCACACACCUAGGCCUGGACCCAAGAUCUGCCAACAACCCCCAUCAAGCAUCGAACCCCACUGCAAACUCAUAUGACCGUCCCAGCCAUCCUGACCAUCCCCACAAAGGACGGCAGCAGGAACACCACCUGCAUGAAGCCACUGCUAAAGCCACUGCUGAAGCCACUGCUAAAGCCACUGCUGAAGCCACUGCUAAAGCCACUGCUGAAGCCACUGCCGCCCUUCUCGUUCCCCAUAUGAUGGCACUGGUCAUGUCAAAGCUGCAGCCAAUCCUGGAGGGUUUCAACCACUCCCUCGAGCACCUGAGCCAUCAGGUGGGGGACCUGUCCCGUGAUGUAGCCCAGUUGAAGAGCAGUCAGCUGGUGCCCGAGCUACAGGCGGAGCCCCCGGAUGUCCCUGAGCUAGACGAGGCAGCGGAGGAACGGCUGAAUACCAGACUGGAUGAAACGCUUCAUCAGAUCAGGGAGGUCAGGAGGCAGUUGGAGAGUCAACAGAGGGAGAUGGAGAACAGGCUGCACUACCAGCAUGUAAUGCUGCAUUACAACCUCACCAGCUUCAAGACCGACAUUGACUUGAAGCUGAAACGCCAACAGAAGAUGCUACAGGUCAGCCUGCAGGCCAUGAACAGCACACUUACUGAGCUGAAGCUUGAUCAGGAUCAGCUGGAGGAUAAACUGGAGGAUCCGCUGGUGGAUCAGCUGGAAGAUCUGCUAGAGGAUCAGCUGGAGGAUCGCCUUCCUCCUCCCACCCUGCCUCCCCCCAUCCUGCUGCAGCCAUUAGACACCUCGUCACUGUGGGAGGCCAUUGGGCGCCUUGACAACAUGGUGGUCAACAACACAGUGAAGGUGGACGGGUUGUUGGAGGACCUGGAGGUGACCUCAGGGAACGUGCAGCUGCUGAGGCGGGACCUAACGGAUCUUGGGAAGCAGAUCAACCAGACAGCCAGGAGCAGUCAGAUCCAGUACAUGGAGACAGGGCUGGAAGUGGACGCGGCGAGGGAGGUAGUGCUGAGGCGGGUGGGUGAGCUGGCGGGGAACCUGAGUCUGCAGGACGUGAGGCUGCAGGAAAUAGAUGUGGACAUGGACUAUCUGUACACCAUCCUUUACAAGCACAACUCAUCUACAGACUGUGACUGCAAGGGCCUGAAGGCGGCUGUGGCUAAACUGGAGAGGGGCUUGGCCAAUGUCACUGAGUUGGCCAAUGAGAACAGAUUAGCCCUGGAUGAGGACAAUGAUGGAGGGGCGGGGCAGUGGGGCGGGGCCAGCGACUGGGAGCCAGCGGUGGGGACUCUCCAACAAGGCCUCCAGCAGGUGAAGGAGACUCUUACCUUGGAGCAGAGCAGGACCAGCACUCUGGAGCAGAGUCUGAACCAGCUGAGCAGCUCGGUGACCGUGGGUCUAGUGGAGGUCUCGGGUCUGAAGGCAACCGACAGGAAGCUGGUGGAGGAGAUGAAACACCUGUCUGGCUCCUUUAACUCUUUGCUGAAAGACGCCAUCAGACACAGCGACGUGCUGGAGCUGAUGCUUGGGGAGGAGGUGCUGGAGUUCCUGGAGUGGCCGGUCCAGGACCAGGAGGCCCACUCCAUCCCGGUCCUAAAAGAGCGGCUGAGACUCCUAGACGAGCAGCAGAGAGGACUCAACCUGAGCAUCACCGAGCUGCUGAACAGACCAGGAGGCAGAGAGGAGGUACCUUCUGCUGACCAGCCCCUCUCCUCCUCCCAACUCCUCCCUGAUGACUGGCUUCAUGGCAGCACAAGGAGCAGCAGUGGAGUUCCAGCCAGAGAGCGGCAGCUCCUCCUCCACCCUGAGGGAAGGCGCCCACAGCAUGGAGGAGAUGGCAGCGAUCUUUGGAACCUGGAGAAAACAGUGGAGGUGUUGGGGCAGAAGGUGCUCCUACUGGAGGAGAAACACCACAACACCACUACAGACAGAAUGGCGCCUCCCAGUGGUGUGGAGGCCAAACUGCAGGCAGAGGUGAUGUGGCUGAAGAGAGGGCUAGAAGACCAUCUAAGAGUUUUCAAAAACGUCUUCAGUAAUGCUGACGUGCUGGUGGGAUCUGACGCCACGCUGGAGCUCGAUAAACUGUGGCAGCUGAUGAAGAACAGAGACGGGAAGAAGGAGAAGAAGAGAGGAGGAGGGAAGGAGGGGUUAGGAAGAGGAGGACACCAUCGCAGCAGGAGGGAGUCAUCGGGUGUUGCUCCCGUCCUGUACACCCAAUCAGAAGACCCUUUGCUGCUUGUGGCUGGAUCUCCUCGAAGUGUCUCAAACGGUGUCAUCUUGUUGGAAGCCUCUCUAAACCUGGGUCAGAUUUACUCUGACACCGGCACCUUCACUGCUCCUGUGAAUGGGAUCUACCUGUUUGUCCUCACCUUGGACCUGAGGCCAGGCCCCGCCCACGUGCUCCUUGUGAGGGGGUCUGGAGCAGCACCAGUGUUUCUACACCAACAGGAGGUGAAGGAGGCAGGGCUGGUCACUAGCAUGAGCCUCCUGCUGCUGGGUGAGGGGGAGAAGCUGAGGCUGGAACUAAAGGGAGGAGAGUGGGCGGAGUCAGAGGACAAUGUGUUCACCUCACUGCUGCUCCACCGGACCACCUGAGGGCGCUGCUCAACAUCAGCUCAACAAUAGACACUGAUCAGAGACUCUGGGAGGGGCAGAAUCACAGAGAACACAGAGGGUUGGACUGACUUUUUGGAAAUGAAAUAUAACUUAACUUCAUAGAGGUUUAUUCCAAAGCACCAUACGGCAUAUUAAACAGAAGAUUUUAUACUAAGAGGGAUUGAAACCCUAAAACCCUUUUCAACCAUCAAAUUAGAAUAUUUAGCUCAAAAACGUGUCAAACUAAAAUAUUUAGUCAGACCUCAUAAUUUUCACACCAGUGGACAAAAGGGAGAGCAGCUAGUUCAGCUUCUAAUUACUUCAAGUAAAGCUGUGUUGAGUAUUUUGUUAGCUUAGCUUAGCAUAAUGACUAGAAAGAGCAGGAAACAGCCAGUCUGACCAAAAACACAGAAGACCUCUAAAGGUCACAAAGAAAAAAGAGGGAUUUAAAAAUCCAUCAGGUCAGUACCUCGGUGCUGCGUCAUUGGCUGUAGAGCGAGUUGCCAGUUCAAUUGCUUUUGGUCAAUGCUAUGAUUUAUGUCCAACAAGAAACAGUUUCAGCAACAACAACAAAAACACUGUAAAACACAGAACUUAGAGAAAUGAGAUAAUGAUGUGCUGAACAGUGAGCUUUAGAAGUUAAGAGGUAUAAGUGUUUUAGCCUGUGUUCCUGCUCAGUACAGAAGUCCUCAUUAGGAAUCUGAUGACAACUUUUCAGCUUUAAUUUGUGCCCUUUCUUUAAAGGCUUUAUAUGCGAUUUUUUGAUCCAGCAGAUGUCGCCCUUGAGCACCAGCAUGAAACCAGAACAACUUGCGGUGCAUUGUUGUGUUAGCAUGCUAAUGCUAGCGAUCUUUAUUAUGCUCGUAUCUUCACACUGCAUGUAAAUUUAACCCAAAUGAGCGUGAUCUAGAAACACAGUUAAGUAGUGAGUACAGUAUGUUAUUCUUCUUUUCUCUAGUCCCUCAAUUAAAAAACUUUUAUACACGAGGGGAGGAGUCAGCCGGCCAUCCCAACGAUGUAAACAAACUGAAGAUAGGACUCGGAAAACUAGGAAAACAUCACAGACAGUGGGACUCGGGUGUUACACCCAUUGUAGACAGUCAUGACAGUUAUUUUCAGAGGAUAUACUUGAUUUCUAUUAUAUUUUAAGUGUGAAAAAUCACAUAUAAAGCCUUUAAGUUUGCAUAUCUGAAGACCUUCCUGUGGGACUUUCCCAGACUUAGUGGCAAAAUUGGUGACAUAUAAACCCGGUUGCUCUGACCCACACUAAAUAUUAACAAGAAAAGCAUAUACAAUAUUGGGAAGAAAUCUAGUUUGAAGGAUAAUUGUUGUCGACAGUAUCUGGUUUCUCACUGUCUUUUGAGUAUUUUCAGUCAAAUGUCCUCACAUGAUCUAAAUUUCCUCAAAUGUAUGAAUACUUCAUUGUCACAUAAUACAAAUACAUAGUGAAGGAGGGGUCCCUUUCUUUUUAUUUCUUGUUGAUGCUUAUGUCGAGGCAACUUGGGACGCCACUUGUUCAUCCAAUCCUCUUAUUCCCUCACAAACUCGUCCACUCAACGUCUGACUGCAUCAGUUAACUCAUAGAGAGUGUGGUGCUCAGGCCUCAUGGUCAAGAUUUGUAUUCGGUCUACAGCUGCUGUCUGCUGCCCCCACAACUUGCCUUGCACUUACUGAGAUUAACACAACAAGUUUUCAAACGUCACUAGUGCAGUGCUCGAUCAGAGCUGGCCGAUUGCUUUGAUCCCAGAAGUGUUGGUAUCAGUAUUCUCAAAAAUGUUCAUCCGAUGGAUUUCACACUUUAUAUUGCACUCCCCUUUUUACCUCACAAAAUCACUCAACAUGUCAGAUUAAACGUUCAUCAGAUAUUGGAAAGACAGUCCUACAUACAGAGAUUCCUGUGUGUAUGAAAUGGUAAAUGGACUUGAGCUGUUCUAAUCUUUUGACUAUACUCAAAGCACUCUUACACUGCAGGUCACUCCUACCCAUUCACAGGUUGCUAUGUAAAGAGAUUAUCAGAAGUAACCCCAUUCAUACUUAUCAUACACAGCGGGAGCAUCUUGGUGUUAAGUGUCUUGCCCAAAGACACAUCAGACAUGUGGCUGCAGGAGCUGUGGACCCAACCCUCGACCUUCCGGUCUACCAACUGAGCCCCAGCCGCCCCAUACAAUAACAUGAACCUUUCUUGUAGCAGCUGCUCAUGUGGUCAGGCCAACCUAUCUAAGGCUGAGCAGGGUUCAAAGUGUUACAUGUCUUCAUAUCAGUAUGCAUCUUCAGUACUCGUUGGAUACUGUUCAUCUAUCAAAGUGUUUCAUGGGAGUUUUCUUCUUGACAUAAAGAACAUAUUCUGAAGUGAAGUCACUAGAUAUCUGUAAUGUUUGUAAAGUUCUGAUAAACCACAUAGUUCAUAUUUAUAUAAGAGAGACGAGCCGUUUGAUGAAUGUGUUUCUAUUAAAGUCUUAUGGACCGUGACCAGCCUGUAACUUAAUAAAAGUUUUAUCUACAGAA